AUGGCAUCUAACAAAGUCUCAUUUUUCUUGGUUCUUUGUCUAUGUAUUCUCUUAGCCGGAGAGUGUAUAGAAUCACCAAUUUUCACCGGAAACAAAUGCUCAGAUCCAACCGGCAUGGACAAAGAUGGAAAAUGUCUUGAUUACUGUCAUGCUCAAGGUUAUCCCGGUGGUUCUUGUAUAGGCUUCAUCGAUCAAGGUUAUAUGUGUGUAUGUAAAGUAGGAUAA